UGCCAUGGAAUUUAGAAUUUCUUUCCAAAAGCCCAUUUGAUAACUAUUUCCAUGCCAAGCUGCAGCUUUGAAAUGAGGCCUCUUAAAAUCCUACAUAGGGAUCCUUUCUCUGGGCCAUCGCAUGAGGUCUCUGCCUAUUCAAGGGGAAUUUCUAAUUGCAUUUAUCUGGGAAGAAAAGUGAUUUUCCUGUUGCAGCCCCUAUGGCUGUUUAGAGAAAACUUUGUGGUCAUUAGCCUGGGGCCAAGAUGGGUCGUCGUGCUCAACAGGAGUCAGGGCAGGCCGAGAAUCACUUCAGUGGCCAGAAUUCUUCUUUGACUCUGGCUAGAGAGACUUCCCCUCCUAAACCACCUCGCCGACACGGAGGCUGGGCAGAUGAUUUCACGAAGACUUCAAAGCUGAGAAAGAAUGUGUCUGAAGACAGAGAAGAUGAACGCCUCAGACAGCAGAGCCUGGAUGGAUAUAAUGCUGAAGAUGACAUUCCUGUUAUUCCGGAUCUGGAAGAACUGCAGGAAGAAGACUUUGCUCAGCAGGUGGCAGUGCCUCCCAGUGUCCAGAUCAACCGGGUGAUGACCUACCGUGACCUCAACAAUGACCUCUUGAAGUACUCGGCCUUUCAGACCUUGAAUGACAUCGAUCUGAAGAUUCUCACUCAAGUCCUGGCACCAGAGCAGGAGGUUCGAGAGGAGUUCGUCGCCUGGGACUGGGACCGUCUGUACACCGAGGUGUCCUCAGAACUCGCCAGCGAGUGGGACCCAGUGCAGCUGGAGAAGGAAGACCCGACGGGACAGCCCAGGCUCCCCUGAGCCUGGCACCUGUGCUCUGGGCAUGAAAACAGCAAGCCCAAAACCAAAGAAGCUUGCAAGCAGCUCAGAAUGUGUACAUGGAACACAUUUAUUUUUUUGUAAUAAAAAUAAGUAUUUCCAUAGACCACUCUG